UGAAUCAUCGAUGCUAGGCAGACGUAAACAUGCUUAUUAACCUGCAAAGUCCAAACAUCCCCGAAUGGACUCGGAGGAAUAAACUAAUUAAUCUUCAAAAAUUGGUGUUCAAUUAUAAUAAGACCACAAAUUCACCACCUGGACUCAUCUAUUGAAGAUGUCAUUCUGCUUUUGUGAACACUUACCAGGGAUUAUCAUUUCCCUGACCUGUUUGGGCAAUUCAACGUUGAUAAAUCGAUCAUUAGUUGAGUGUUUAAUUAAUUAAAGAACUUCAAUCAUUCGGUGAAUAAAGAAAAUCUUCCAGAAGAGAAUUCGGAAAUGGAAUUUAAAUUUAUCCAAGAAAUAGACAGCAAACAUGGUGCCGUGCGAGCAGUGAGAUUCUCAGUGGACGGUGCAUACUGUUUGACAUGUGGUUCAGACAGACGUGUGAAGUUGUGGAAUCCGUACAAAAAUGCUUUAUUAAAAACCUACAGUGGUCAUGGGGACGAUGUGCUGGAUGUCUUUGCAGCUUGUGACAGCAGCCAGAUGAUCUCCUGUGGAUUAGAUAAAUCAGUGAUCCUUUGGGACGUAGCCACCGGUUCUCCAGUGAGGAGAUUUCGAGGUCAUGCAGGAGGAGUGACAGCUGUGAGAUUCAACGAGGAGUCCUCCAUGGGGAUAUCCGGCUCUCGCGACAACUCCGUCAUGUGUUGGGAUAUGAGGUCAAGGUCGUACGACCCAGUGCAAACCCUGAACGACGCCAAAGACGCCAUUGCCAGUGUCAGAGUGUCUGACCAUGAGAUUCUGGCGGGUUCAUUCGACUGCAGAAUCAGGAGAUAUGACAUCAGAGUUGGGCAGGCGAUUACUGAUUGCCUUGGGGAGCCUGUGGUCUGCGCCAGCUUCACCAGAGAUGGACAGUGUGUCUUGGCUAGUUGUGCUGAUGGUGUCAUCAGGCUCAUGGAUAAAGACACUGGGGAACUGCUGGGGGAGUUCAAGGGACACUCAGUGAAAGAGCUGUGUCUUGAGUCCAGUGUCGAUUGCUAUGAUACAAAAGUGCUAUCUGGAUCUGCUGAUGGGAGUAUUUGGGUGUGGGAUCUUGCCACGCAGGAGGUUCUGGGGAAACUCAAGGGGGACAGGAUGACAAGGCAUCCAACUGUUUCCCUCAACGUUCAUCCACAGGAGAAUUGCGUUGUGGGAGCUAAUGGGAGCUUCAUUCUCAUGUGGAGUGCCAAGAAAGACGAUUCGUGAGUUUGUAUGGAGUUGAUGAGAUUAAAAAGGUCUUGUGUAAAUAAAAUAAUUUCUUAUG